CUUUCGUCCCGCGAAACAGCUUCAAACGUCCAUUUGGACUGAUCUAGGUUUAUCGAAAAUGACCUCCUUGCGCUUUGUCAGAUCUGUUUGGGAGUCUUUUCGGGCCACCUCGGGGUUGGAGCCUCGUCUACUAGACGGCCUCCGCGUAACAGCCGCCAAGCCCGGCAAAGUCAACUUCGAACUCGACAUCAAGAAAGAGCACACAAACCGCUUGAACAUCCUCCAUGGCGGAACCAUCGCUAGCAUGGUUGACCUCGGUGGUUCCCUGGCGGUAGCCUCGCGCGGGCUUUUCGCCACCGGGGUGUCCACAGAUCUGAACGUCACCUACCUCAGCUCCGGCGGUAAGGUCGGCGACAAGAUCCUCGCGGAAGUAACAUGCGAUAAAUUUGGCAAAACCCUGGCCUACACCUCGAUCAAGUUCCUCAACGAUAAGGGCGAUGUCUUCGCCCGCGGGAGUCACACCAAGUUCGUUGCCCUUGCCUGGAAAGAUCCUCAGAAUAUUGUUGAGGAGAUGGCAAAGGAGGAGAGAGAGGGAAUCGCCACUUUCAAGAGCGAGGCUUAAGCGAUUCUGUUUGUCUUUGUGUGAAUCACGCUGCUGGGGUCCUAGAUCGAAGAUAGAAAUUGAGACAUCAUAGAAGGGGA